UCACACUCCAAUAUAUAUAUACAUUAGAGGGAUUCUCUUCCUUCAUUCCAUCAUUCCAUCGCAUAACAAAACAAAAAAAUUGGCACUUCUUUUCUUUCACAAAGCUAAGGAAACAUGUCUUCUCAAUGUUUCCUCACUGCUUCCUUACUCAGACUACCCCCCUCCACUCGCCAUUACCCCUCUUCUAAUCCACCGCCGCCGUCUCCGCCGCCUCUAAAGUCUUUCUUCAACGCUGGCAUAUGGUGUUUGGGCAAAAAUCGGCUUAACUUGAAUCUGCAAUGCAAUGCUUUAUCAAAGCCUCGUACAGAAGAGUACACUGAGGUUUUGCAAAAUGGUUUGCCAGUAAUAGAGUGGGAUGGGGUUAGGGAAGAAGACAUUACUCAAGAGAAGGUAAGUACAUCAAAUAAGAUAAAGGAAGGAGUGGAAACCGUCCGGGCGAUGCUAGGGUCGAUGGACGACGGUGACAUCACCGUGUCGGCGUACGACACGGCGUGGGUGGCGCUGGUGAAGGACAUCAACGGCGGCGAAUCUCCGCAGUUCCCGACCGCCCUCGACUGGAUCGCCGACAACCAGCUGCCGGACGGUUCCUGGGGUGACCAGUUCAUCUUCUUGGCUCACGACCGUAUACUCAACACCUUGGCUUGCGUCAUCGCCUUAAAAUCAUGGGACAUGCACCCCCAAAAAUGCAACCAAGGAAUGAUGUUCCUACGAGAGAACAUGAAGAAGCUAGGAGAAGAAAAUGCAGAGCACAUGCCGAUCGGGUUUGAGGUGGCGUUUCCGUCGCUGAUUGAGAUGGCAAAGAAACUGGGCAUUGAGUUUCCCGAUGAGGCUCCGGUGGUGGAGGACAUUUAUGCCCAUCGGAAUUUGAAGCUCAAAAAGAUUCCGAGGGAGCUAAUGCAUGAAGUGCCCACAACGCUACUGCACAGCUUGGAAGGAAUGGAGGGUUUGGAGUGGCAAAAGCUUCUUCGCCUCAAGUGUGAUGAUGGCUCUUUUCUCUUCUCCCCAGCCUCCACAGCCUAUGCGCUCAUGCAGACAAAGGAUGAUAAUUGCCUGCGCUACCUCGCAAACGCCGUUCGAAAGUUUAAUGGCGGAGUGCCGAAUGUGUACCCCGUGGACAUGUUUGAACAUAUCUGGGCCGUUGAUCGACUCCAGAGGCUUGGGAUUUCAAGAUAUGUGAAGCCAGAAAUAGAUGAAUGCAUUGACUAUAUACAUAGGUAUUGGAGUGACAAAGGGAUUUGUUGGGCUAGAAAUACUAGAGUUGAAGACAUCGAUGACACUGCUAUGGCGUUUAGGCUUUUAAGGCUGCAUGGUUACGAGGUUUCUCCUGACGUUUUCAAGAACUUCGAAAAAGGGGGAGAGUUCUUCUGCUUUGUAGGGCAGGCGGGCCAUGCGGUGACCGGAAUGUACAAUCUGUACAGGGCUUCUCAGGUACGGUUCCCCGGAGAGGAAGUUCUCGACCGCGCCAACAAUUUUUCCUCCGGUUUUCUGCAACAAAAGCGAGCUAGUAAUGAGCUCUUGGAUAAGUGGAUCAUUACCAAAGAUCUCCCGGGCGAGGUGGGAUAUGCACUUGACGUGCCAUGGUACGGUAGCUUACCACGGAUAGAAACACGGCUAUUCUUGGAACAGUACGGUGGGGAAGAUGAUGUUUGGAUCGGCAAGACUUUAUAUCGGAUGCCUAUUGUGAACAAUAACAUGUAUUUGGAGCUGGGGAAAUUGGAUUACAACUACUGCCAGGCAAUUCACCAGCUGGAAUGGAAGAUUAUCCGCAAGUGGUACAAAGACUGCAAUCUGGCGCAGUAUGGAGUGAGCGAGAGAAGCUUGUUGCUGGGGUACUAUUUAGCCAUGGCCAGCAUCUUUGAGCCGGAGCGGUCGAAAGAGAGGCUUGCAUGGGCCAAAACCUCGGCACUCAUAGAGGCUAUCACUGCCAAGUUUCAGGUUGGCAGGGAGGAAAUUUGUCGGGACCAGAAAAAGGCUUUUAUCUAUGAAUUCACGAGCAAUGUCAGCAUUGACGACUACAAUGCCAAGAACAAGACAAGAGAGGUGACACUUGUCGAGACGCUACGUGAAACCAUAAACCAGCUUUCCUUGGACGCACUCCUGGCUCACGGAAGGGAUAUCCAUCAGUACCUGCACCAAGCUUGGGGAAAAUGGCUGCUGACCUGGGAAAAGGACGGUGGCACGCGAGAAGGAGAUGCAGAACUCAUAGUGCGCACUUUGAAUCUGUUCACCGGACGUUCGGUGUCUGAGGAGUUAUUGCUGUCCCAUCCAAAACAUCAACAGUUGAUGGAGAUCACCAACAGAGUAUGCCACCAGCUAAGUAUCUUUCGGCAAAGCAAGAGUCAACCACUGGAAAGGCCACAUGAAAACACAACCACUGAGAUAGAGUCCGACAUGCAAUACCUGGUCAAAAUGGUGCUGACAAAAGACUCCGAAGACGAUCUCAACUCAGAUGUCAAGCAAACGUUUCUCACUGUAACAAAAACUUUUUACUACACUGCCUAUUGUAAUCCGGGAACCAUCAAUUUCCACAUAGCCAAAGUGCUCUUUGAGAGAGUGCCUUGAUUCUAUUGGAAGUAGUUUCUAAUGUCUGAGUAACGAGAACAGAGAAUCAUGGUAACACUAGUCAGUGGGAAUGUGGGUCAUGCAAGUAAAUGUAAUUUCCCUAGAAAUUAAAAUGCAGAUGUUGGGAAAGGUU